AAGGCCAUGUAGCGACAGCAAAUUGCGGUGGUCUCGUCUCUAUCCUAUCCGAUGCUCUCUCUCUCUCUCUCUCUCUCUCUCGCUCCCUGUUGUUUUUCCCCAACAAAACGUUCCGGUCUUCUAGAACACUUCCAGUCUAUUUUAUGAAACAAAAAAAAAAAAAACGGAAGAAAACAAAUCGCAAAAGUGCCGCCCCACUGUCCGACGACACGUUAAUCAAAACCAUUUGUUUUCUCACUCGAAAUCUUCCUAAAUCUUCCAAUUUUCACCCCCUUCUUUUUUUUUUUUUUUUUUUUUGCUUUCUAUAAAUACAAAUAUACCUGUUUUCAUUUCAACGUGGUCCCAUAAACAAAAAAAAACCCACUCUUCCCUACUUUUUCCUCCGUUUCUUUUCGUCUAUUAAACCCCCCUUUCUUGUUUUUUAUUCUUGUUACAAAAACCCCAUAUUACAUACUCUGCUUUGCUAUACUUGCUUCUAAGAUUUUCAUGGCUUUGAUUCCCGGUCUUCCUGACGAUUUAGCCCGCGAUUGCCUAAUUCGUAUUUCCUACGACCAAUUCGCCGCCGUCUCCUCCGUCUGUAAACUCUGGAAAUCCCAGAUUACCCUGCCGGAAUUUCGCCGUCUCCGGAUGCUCUACGGCCAUUGCCAGAAAGUCAUCGUCAUGGUCCAAGCUCUUGUUGACCCAAACCCCACUGUUAGUGUCUUUAAAUGCUCCGCCGUACCUGUUUACCGGCUCACUCUUUGUGACCCGGGAACGGGAAAUUGGUGCGAGUUGCCUCCGGUUCCUGAGUUAUCCACUGGGUUGCCCAUGUUUUGCCAGGUCGUCGGAGUCGGGUCGGAUUUGGUGGUUUUAGGCGGGUGGGAUCCGAUGACGUGGAAGGCUUCCCAGUCCGUUUAUGUUUACAGCUUCGUUUCCAGCGAGUGGCGACGCGGGAACGAUAUGCCUGACGGGCCCAGGACGUUCUUCGGAUGCGCUUCGGAUUUUGAUCGGACGGUGUACGUUGCGGGAGGUCACGACGAUGAGAAGAACGCAUUGAGAUCCGCGAUGGCGUACGACGUGGCAAGAGAUACUUGGGUCCAGCUCCCUGACAUGGACAGAGAGCGGGAUGAGUGUAAGGCCGUAUUCUGCCGUGGGCAAUUCCACGUCAUCGGUGGCUAUUCCACGGAGAUGCAAGGCCGCUUUGAAAGGAGCGCCGAAGCGUUCGAUGUCGCCACGUGGCGUUGGAAAGCCACGGAAGAGGAAUUUCUAGAAGAAGCAACAUGUCCGAGAAACUGCGUGGCUGGUGACGAGGCAAUGUACAUGUGCCGGAGUGGGGACAUCGUAAGACACAGGGAUCCGACGUGGCAAACAGUGAGCAAGUUGCCAGCCGAGGUCAGGAAUGCUGCUUAUGUGACGACGUGGCAGGGAAGCCUGAUAGUGAUUGGUUCGGCAGGGUUUGGUGAGCCCCACAUGGUUUACAUAUUAGAUUUGGAAAAGAAAAAUUGGAGAAAAUUAGAGAGCCCUUUUGAAUUCUCAGGACAUGUUCAAUCAGGAUGUUACAUGGAGAUUUAGACACCCAUUUGAAAGGUGAAUGCAUGUGUAUAUUUUAUUUAUUUAUAUGAUAUAGAGUUUUGGUCCUGAAUUUUAGUGUGCCUUAGAAUAUAGAAAAGUUUUGAAUUCAGAAUAUCGGAGUGAACAGCAUUUUUGCCACUUCAUGUAAUACCUUUUUAGACCAGUACAAAAAAAAACUUUGUAUUUAUACUCGUCAAAUGCUUGUUGAAUUUUUCUUCUACAAAACAAGUUAUGACUAUGUCAGAGAGGGAUAAUCUUUGGUCCU